GAGCUGAACGCUCGCAGCUAAUAGCACAGUCUCUAUGACUGCUCAAAAUUCAAAAUGGUUGUAAAAGAAAUUUCGUUAUUUAUUGUGUGUUUAAUAAUCGAAGAUGUUGUUCCCUUAAGUUUUCCUGGACCGCGUGUUUAUGUCGUGACGCCAUCACCUCGACCUUUUCAAGCAAAUCGUGACAACUCUGGCCCAUUUUACUACCACAACUGGAUGAGACGAAUGGAUUCAGAACCGAAUAUCACAACCACCACGACAACGGAAGCACCUAAAGUCAAGACGCCUGAUCUGAUUUUUGCAGAGUUCGAGUCUGGUAAUACAAUGCAGAAGUCAAUAAGGAAGCUGUUAGAAAAGGAACGAAUUGAUUCAACAUCAACAACUACUACACCACGGCCGAUUUAUAUUCCCGAAAAUGAUGAUAGCAAGGUAACUCGAGUAGUUAAUUAUGGAUUACCGGUGUCAACUCCAAGUAAAGAACUAGAACUUCCGGUAUUCCAGGAAAAUGAGCAGGAAGUUGAUUACAAUCCUGAUUUAUACGAUUUGCCUGUAAAUAUUAAUAAGGCAGCCACAUCUUCAACAACGAAAACAACUACAACUACCAAAACGCCAGUUAAUGUAGAGAAUAUUUGGCAUGUAAUUGACAACGAAAAGUUAAAUCAAUAUACAGGCAAUUGGAAUGAAGUUCCCGUAGCUCCAGAAUAUACUAUGAGUGGAAAAAACAACAAUAACAGUGGUUACGAUGGUGAAGAAGAUAAAGCUGCGACACCAGAUGAAUCAAUUAACAAUUCAGAUGGCACUGAAGACCAUGAUGAUAUAUUGAAAAUCGAUGAUAACUUUGCUUUACCAGGAUUCGGAACGAACCCUGGUAGUGGCGCCGAGAAUGAAUCAAGAGCUAUUCGCACUGAACCGAAUAUUCGAUUCCCUUAUAUUAAUUUGAAACCAUUUCAAAUGAAGAAAUUGAAUAAACCAGAUAUAGAUGCAUUUUCUAACAGCAAAUCAGGAAAUAACCUUUACACAAGCCUGGAUAAUUUCUUUGAUUUGAAGAAUCCUGUUCGAGGUGAAGCACAAGACAUUAUCCCGAUGAAACAACCUAUUGACCGUUAUAACCCAGCCCAGCCAUAUCUGCCUCAGUAUAAUAAAGUAAUGAAGCAGUCAAGUCCAGUUUAUGCACCGCCAAAAGCCACAGCCAAUCUAGUACCGCCACCACCACCCCAACCACCAAAGAUAACUGGAAAUGACUUCCCAGCUCCGUCCACUUACGAUUCAUUCCCACCAUACGCACCAUCUAGUCCUAACUUUGCUCAAGAUAGUAUUCCAUCGAGUCCUGCUCAACCGGCACCAGCGCCACCAUCAUUAUCGGAAAUGUCUCCACCAGUUCAAGUGGUACCAUCCAUUAGUUCAUCACUUGAUUCUUAUUCAGAUCCAAGCAGCGAUGAUGAUCUGACGAUACCGACGAAUAUUGGUUAUAAUUAUAAGCAGCCGUCACCGCCAUCACAAUCAAUACCGCAAUUUCGGCCAACUUUACCACCAUUGGAAAAAUCACAAAUGGGCUACUCAUAUAAUAAACCUUCAAUGCCGGCACCAGUUCCAAGUGAUUCAGACGACUUUAAAGGAUACCAUUACUCCAAGCCUCAAGCCCCGACACUUGACUACCCACCGGCUGCUACAUACGAUUCUCCUCCAAGCUAUGAUCACUCAGGUCCACCGUCCGACCAUGACCGUCCUGAUCAUGAUUCAUACCAUGGAGAUAUGGAUGAUCAUGAUAUGGGCAUGGUGCCCCCACCUCCACCCAGUGACUCUAAACCGGAUUCCUACGGCGGGCCACCAGACCAUCACGACUUUCCAAGUGACUUCCCUAGCGACUUUCCAGGAGAUCUAAAGUUUCACCAUGACUUUGAUGAUCAUGAUCACUAUCAUUACCAUCAUCCAACAACAACCACGACCAGCACAACAGAAACGCCAAGAGUCAACAGAUUCAGUUACUAUUACUUAGGUAAAAAGUUGUAUUACCUGCCUUUGUAUUUCAGUGUCUACUUUAUCGUUUACGUUGGUGCGUUAAUUAUAAAGGCAGUCCUUCGUCACAAAAUUGUUUACCCCAACAGUUGGAGACCAAAUACGACGACUGCAUCAUUUUUCUCCAAGCGAUCUGUGGAUCAAUAUUUGUCGAAUGAAAAUCUACACGAAGUUACGGGGAAAGUUACUCAUGCUAUCGCGACGGCUGCUGAAAAAUAUUUGAAGAGCAAAAGUAAAUUAGAGUAAUCUGUAAACAAUUCAGUAGGUACUUACUACGAAGUCAUUAGCUUAUAUUUAAGUGUACAUAGAAAAUAAAUUUUAGAUUUAAGUUUAUUUACAUUUAGUGUUGAGAUCUUGACAUAUUUAAUUGAACCAAGCUGGACAUUUUCGGAUUAUUUGAAUAUUUGUCGAUUUUCCCAACAAUGAUUAACCGAAUAAAUAUUUAAAUUUCUAUAAA